GUGUCCGCUCGUCGGCCAUGUCGGAUACGAGUGAAGCGCCCUCGUUGGCCAGCCAUGUACGGCGGGUUCGGGUACCAUCGCAAGCUUCCGACGUCGAUCAGUUCCUCGAUGAUUUGUUCAGCCCCGUGUUGGAUGGUUCGCUCGAUGAGCUUUCCGAUGCACGCUCGCUAGCGGCCAGUAUCCGUGGAUCGACGGUGCGCAGUUGCGAACAGUUCGUUGACGAUCUGCUGGCCACCGUACGGACGGAUGGUUCGUUGACGGAUUUGGAGCGUGGUGAAGUCAUCGCCAGCGCCACCAAGGGUGGAACAACGCAUCAGGCGAAAAAUGCGGGCCCCUCAAACGGAACACCACUGACGCCAGGAAACUCGAGUGGUUCCUCCGCGUCCUUGCUGAUGAUGGGUUCCGUCAGUCCGGAUGUGGUGAUGCCCGUCUUCACCAUACCGCCCGGUGUCGAUAGUACCGCUUAUCAGCAGCAGAUGCAACGUGCCUUUCUCCAAUCGGCCAUGGCACAGAACAUACAGAUCCAGCAGCAACUGAUCGCACAGAAUCAAGCGCUCCAAACGCUACUAACACAACAGGAAGGUGGCCCAUCUUCCCCAACCGGAGUGUCCCCGAAGCACUCGAACAGUUCCGGAUCACCGUCGGCCGCCGGGUCGGCCAAUAUCACACCGAACCGUAAGGUGAGCGCGAAAGGUGGCCCGAUACGAUCCGAUUCCGGAACCGUCACGGCCGUUCUGGCGCAAUCCUCUUCCUCGUCCUCGUUCUCCGAGAUGUUGCGUAACAGGAAGGAUUCUUCUUCGUCGAAUUUGAUACCACCACCACCGCCACCACCGUUACCACCACCACUGGAGUUGAAGGAUCCAUUCGAGGUACGGCCCUUCCUCGAUCCGUACGGACGCGCCAAAACCGUACGCAUCGGUAAAUGGCGUUGGCCACCACCGCAAGGCGUUACGGCGACCACGGAAACGGAGGAAACGUUCAUCCAGUUCAAGAUGACACGCCAGAGCAAUCGCAAGACGACGCCACAGUCACAGCACAGCAGCACGAAUCUCGAUUCCCCACCGAUCGGUUCCCCCACGAACGGUGGUGUGGAGUGGGAGGAGUUCGAGAUCGAUCAGAAGCUGCAGCAGGAACAGGCAGCGGCGGCUGCGGCCGGUGGUGGUGACGGAGCUAAGGGAGGAGGCCCAGCUCGAUUGGCCAAGCGCAGUUUCGAUAUCGGUGCCGAUCGGCCACCACCGAACAGUGUCGGUAAGCUGAAACUGAGCAACGAGAUGCGCCAACGGCUCGAGCAGGUCACGGCUGGCCAUUCCGUACGUUCGUCCAGUGCCAAAUCGGAUCGUCCGGAGCGUACACCGGCCAAGCUGGAGGACACAAGGCGGAUGAUGCUGGAGCAGCAACUCGGUGGAAUGAAUGCACCCGGUGGCGGUGGUGCGAAAUCACCGAGUACGAUGGUUGAUUCACCCUCCUCGGUCAAGACCCAGGUGCAGCGUAUGGAAGCGAGCAAAAAGACCAGCGCACCAGCCACAGCGUGGCCAACGGUUCUACCACCGGCACCUCCUGGUCCGGCACCACCACCACCAAUCCGGCCACCGAAUACUACACCACCGGCACCACCACCACCGAUCCAUGGACUCAUUGCCGGUGGCCAGCCGCACCAUCAUCUGCAUCACGCUCAAUCGGAAAUUCCGUCGUUUGUGCAGCGCCAGGAACGUGACACAUUCGGUGCGAAGGAUAGUUUCAUGGAUUCCUGGGGUCGUGCCGAGGCCGCCAAGCUGGAUUUGGUGUACGAAACGAGUUUCAAGAAGGAAAUGAUUAUCGAACGAGAACGUUCCCGAUCACGGUCUCGUUCACGUGAUCGCGAAAACUUUUCCGAGUCCGUCUGGGAUCGUUCGGAGGUUGAGGGCCCAUCGUCAACGUCGAGCGAUCCACGGGAGCAUCGUGAUCGCGACAAAGAGCGUGAAGCACGCGAUCGCAACUACGAGCUUACGCAGCUGCAGCGUGAAAAGGAAAGCAACAAAGUGUUCCAUCCAAGCUCGAACAAGCAGCAACAGCACCAGCAGCAGCAACAGAUACAACAGCAACAGCAUCACCAGUACCAGCAGCAGCACCAGCAGCAACAGAAACACUACAUGGCCAACGCACAAUCGAACUCGAUCGCCACCUUCAAGACGCACAUGGUGCAGAAGAGUGUGCAGGAGCGGGAGCGCAAAACAUCGGCCGCCACCACCAACGGGUCCGCCUACAGUGACAAGAUGGACGACGGGAGUCUAGCGGAUCCACCGGCACCGGUACUGCCACAGCAGACGCCCUCACUGAAAGCACCGGCCGCCGCCUGUCUGACGUACAAUCGGGUCAGCUGGACACUGCGCGUCCGGAAGGAGGUGUUCCGGCCGAGCGAAACCGUCACCGCACCGGCCGCACUCGAUCUGCUCUUCAACCAAAUCACGGCCGAUGUGUUCGGGGUGACUUCCUGCAUGCGAAUAUCGCCGCAGGAGAAACG